UAACUACCUAUCGUAAAAAUACAAACGAAAACAAACAUUUUCUCUAAAAAUUCGUGCUAACACGAUAAUUGGUAUCUACGAAUAUAAAACAAAGUGCGAAGUACAUAUUAUAUGUGGUGACUGGUGAAUAAAUUUUAGUAAAAUAAAAUGUUGCAGAAAGUUCAACUAUCAACAGACGUAACCUUAGUUUGUACCCAACAUGCCCUUUCUACUGAAAAAGAAGAAAUAAUGGGACUUCUAAUAGGAGAGGUGCAUAAUGACGGUACUCUCGUUUCUAUAGUAUCGUCAGUUAUUUUACGAAGGCUCGAUAAAAAGCCGGACCGUGUAGAAAUAUCUGAGGAACAAUUGGUACAGGCAACUCUUAGGGCAGAAGAAUUAGCAACUGAAGUGGGUCGCCCUUUGAGAGUUGUUGGUUGGUAUCAUUCUCACCCACACAUUACUGUGUGGCCAUCUCAUGUUGAUCUUGCAACACAGUCAAUGUACCAACGCAUGGAUCCCACAUUUGUAGGAAUAAUAUUUGCUGUUUUUCUAACUGAUCAAUCAGCAAAGGCACCUUCAAUUCAAAUUACUUGUUUUCAAUCAUUUAAUGAAGGCUCCACACAAAGUAGAAGGGAAAUUGAAUUAGAAUUAACAAGCAAUAACAAGUCAUUGACACUAAACAAUUUUGAGAUUUUAACACAGCUACCAACGAUAUUGAAAGAGGAGGAAGAUGAAGCAUAUAAAAAUGAUGUUGGUGACAAUGAAGUUGAUGAUAUAAUUAACAAACAGCACAAUGUUGCAGUAAGGACUAUAGCAAUUGGCCACAUUGUGGAAAAAAUAUCUCGACCCAUGUUGGAAACUCUUGUAGCCAGAAAUACAAUAAACAACAUUCGCUUAAAGGCUCUCAAGAAAAAGCACCAGGAACUAAUGUCAAAGCUGGAAAAUACAACAAACAUUCAAAGUUAAUUACAUAAAAUAUUAAGUACAUUGUUGUUUAUGAGCAAAACCUAUUAAACCCUCAAGCUUAAAGGUAAAUUUAAAAAUCAUAAUUAUUGUAUCACAUCA